UCUCAUCAGACGUCAGCUCACAGCUGAGAGGGUAUGCAUAUAGGAAUCUCGCGUACAGCCCUAUACGUAACGCAUAACCAUAACGUACGUAAACAUCGUAUCGUGCACACAUUGAAGAAUUCACGACGACGUCGCGUCGUUCCGUCAAAUGUUCCACAAUCACCUGUCGCUUCGAUACAGUUCGAUUUUCUUACGUUAAAAUUUCAGUUUUCUUUCCUAUCGCGUUCAUACCUAUGGCCGAUGAAUUAAUCAAAUACCUAUCUAAGUUAACGUCGUUUUAAACACGGUUCCGCGUUUGAUUUACUUAAAUCGUGAUAUUUUCGUGUUAAUGAAUCUACGAUCAACAACGUCACUAUGGUCAGCACUACAAAUUUGGCAGUUACGUGCGCAGCUGAUUCGGAAGCGAUGAAAAAUUUUAUUCAUGAAAAAGACGCUGCGGCUUUAUCGGCUGAAAAAAAUGUCACGUCUCAGAAUAAUGCCACGUUUAAGAAUCGAAAAGAUGAAAGAGGAAGUUCUCUACGCCAGGUCACAGCAGCGUUCAUAGCGAAUUUGGGUACCAUAAAUACUGGCAUGACUUUUGGCUUUUCAGCGGUCGCUAAUCCAAAACUAAAGCAUGAUUCGUUAUUGAAGAUAACUUCAAGUGAAGCUUCUUGGGUUGCUAGUUUGUCAUCAAUUGGUACACCUUGCGGAUGCGUAUUGAGCGCUUAUCUGACUGAGAUAUUGGGUAGAAAGAGAACUCUAGUCGUAACCGAAUUACCAGCCAUAAUGGGUUGGAUUAUGAUCGCAACAGCUCCGUCGAUAGAGUGGAUUUAUGUCGGACGUGUUCUAACCGGGGUAUCUUCCGGUAUGAUCGGCGCUCCUUCCAGAGUUUAUACAGCGGAAGUUACUCAGCCACAUCUUAGAGGCAUACUUUCAGCUCUGGCUUCUGUCGGAGCUUCUUUUGGCGUAGCUUUCGAAUACUUACUCGGAUUUAUAUUCGAGUGGAGAACUUUAGCUUGGAUUAGUGCUACGAUACCGAUAUUGUCAAUCUGCACCAGUUUCUUAUUACCUGAAUCGCCAUCGUGGCUAAUUUCAUCGGGUCAAAAGCAUAAAUGUUUCAAUAGUUUGAAAAAAUUACGCGGUUCGACGUGCGAUGUGCAACGAGAAGUCAACACUUUGGUCGAGUUCAGCGAACGUCAUAAAACAGCCCCAAAUAUGACUGUUAGACAGAAAUUAGCAGCGAUAUUUCAUUCUUCGAUUUUAAAACCAUUCCUGAUAUUGACGACGUAUUUUUUAAUUUAUCAAAUGAGUGGCACGAAUCCUUUGACGUUCUACGCUGUAAAUAUUUUCAGGUUGGUUGGUCGACCAUUGGAGGAGGCAUAUGUCUUGACUGUCAUGAGCGGUUUUAUUAGAUUGCUCUUUACCAUUGUUGGAUGUGUACUCAUGUUACGAUGUAGACGAAGAACUCUAACUUUUGUAUCCACUAUAGGAUGUGGGCUUACUAUGAUCAUACUCGCAAUUUACGUUUACAUUCAGCCAUCGCAAACAUGGAUAGCAACUUCAGCUAUAUUUUUAUUCACUGCAGUAUCAACUGUCGGCUACUUAAUAGUUCCUUGGGUCAUGAUUGGAGAACUGUACCCACAAAAAGUACGCGGAUUAGUUGGCGGAUUUACCACAGCUUCCUGCCACUUUUUCAUAUUCAUAGCGGUCAAAACGUAUCCUCUAAUUCGCGAAAACGUAUCAGAAUACGCUCCGUUCUUAAUUUAUGGCAGUAUCUCGUUGCUAGGCACCAUCUUUCUUUACGUUUUCUUACCAGAAACGAAGGAUAAAUCUUUACAAGAAAUCGAAGAAUAUUUCACCGGAACGAAUAAACGUGCGAAAAAUCAGUAUGAAAAUGAGAAAAAACCUAUAGUAAUUAAUCAAGGAAAAACUCCCAGUAUAGUGUGAUAUUAGUAUUAGUGAUAUUUUAAUUUUUAAGCUUUUUCCUAUACUCCUAUGUAUCCUGGUUUGUUAGAUUAUUUAUUUUCUUCUGCUUUCCAAAUUAAGUAUGUUAUUUAUAUAAGUUUUAUAUUGAAAUAAAUGAUUUCAUUCGUUUUAA